CCCUGCCUUGGCCUAGUCUCAAAUGAAACUUGAUUGUCACUGAAUUUGUGGAGGAAGACUGCGUUACAUUUCUGGAAUGGCAUUUGUUGCAAAUCGGCCCCCUUGGCUCAGCCACAGGCGUUUGUUGAUAGAAAUGCCCGUCAUAAGGAAGGAGAGGCAGAGAGAAGAAUGGGGGAGAAGGUGGGAGGGAGGGAGUGUAUCAGAGAAUCACAGCAGAGUGAAAGCAACACAGAUUAACUGCGAAAGGAAAGCCAGACUCGUUUUUCUCGUUUGUGCAUAUCUCAAGAAGGUGGGACGUCCUCGUGUAAACAGCAGAGCUCAGUGCUCAUACAACUCAGCACGGGGAUUGAUCUCUGUGGCUUGGAUUUGAACACUCAAACCACACCAAAAGAUGUCUGCAGCGCCGCCUCCGGUGGCCCCUCGAAAGCACUCAGGGGUCCGAGUCAUGAUAAUGCCAGGAGAGCAGCCUCAUCCUGGUGGCCUGCCCAUCUACGCAGAUUAUGGCAAAGAGAACGGUGCCAGAGCUGAGUCCAAUAAUAAUACAUCCCUUCUGAAUGCAGAGAGAGAACUGGAUAUUAUGAACCACUGCUUUGACGACGUGGAGCGAUUCAUGUCCCGCCUGCAGCAGGCGGCUGAGGCCCAGAGUGUUCUCAAGCAGAGGAAGAAGAGAAGCAGAAAGAGCAAGAAAAAGGACAAGCAAGAUGAUGACUUGCUGACCCUGAAAGCUUGCCCUCCAUCAGAGGAAGAAUUUGUGGAAAUCUUUCAGAAAGUCAAGUACUCCCUCUGUCUGCUGGACCGUCUCAAGUCCUCCAUCACGCAGCCUAAUGCACAAGAGCUGCUGCAUCCCAUCUUUGUGCCACUAAGACUGAUGGUGAGAACCACCGGAGGACCAGAGUUAGCAGCGUCAGUAGUCAGUCCUGCUCUGACCAGCGGUGCUGUUUCACUGCUGCAGGAGAAUCUGACUGCAGAGGAAAAGGAGCUGUGGACUUCACUAGGGCCCAACUGGACUUCACCCUGUUCGCACCUCAGUGUGUCUGUUCCUCCGUACUCACCAGUCUUUCUGGAUGGGUGGCAGCCUCAGGCUUAUGACUCGACCGGCCAGCUUUUUGAAGAUCCCAUCGAGUCGCAGCACAAAGAAGAUGCUGUCAGGGAAAGCAGGGAGGUGCAAACUCUACAGGACCAAGCACGACGGACAGCCACGGGCCCUGGGGAAGACACUGAUGACGGAGAAGGAAAUGGACUGCCACCAGAGGGUGAGAGAAUCUUCUGCUGCAGUUAUGACUUUGUGGCUAGAAACAGCAGUGAACUCUCUGUGCUCCAAGGAGAAACACUAGAGGUCAUUGAGUCAACAAAGCGAUGGUGGAAGUGUCGGAAUCGCUUUGACCAGAUCGGAUUUGUCCCCUUCAAUAUCCUGGAGCCUCUGUCUGCUCUGAAUAACACUGGGAGAGACAGCCCUGUGGUCCGCAGGGAGUCAAAGAAGACAGCCCUUACCCCUCGGCCAAGGUACUUCUCGUAUGCUCCACCAAGCCCAGAUGCGACCAGUCCAACAAGCCCUAUGAGACCACAGAGCAUGGUUUUUCCAUCCACGGCAAUGCAGGGAGAAGACAGUGACCGAGUCCUGAUAAUGAAUGACGAGCUUCUUCAGCGGCUAGCUGUGAAAAGAGACCCCGUGCGUCCUCUGGUGAUCCCCCGGACAGCCGACACCACCACUCCCCUGAACUACCACUCCCAGCAUGAGGAGGUGGAGGCCUGGCUCACCGCCAAGGGCUUCAGCCAGCCGACAGUUCAGAGUCUGGGCGUUUUAAAUGGAGCGCAGCUUUUUUCCCUUAAUAAAGAGGAGCUCCGUGCUGUGUCACCAGAGGAAGGUGCAAGAGUCUACAGCCAAAUUAUGGUGCAGAAGGCCGUUCUUGAGGAUGUGCGCAAAGCAACAGAACUAGAAAAAGCGAUGGAGAGGCAGAAGCUGAAGAUCGACCUGGAGUCAGAGAGCCAAGCAGUGUGACGGAGCUCUAAAACAUCCUCCGAUACAGAUGUUGAUGACUGGAGUAUCUCAUACACAACUGGAUGCACAGAGUGAUGGAUUUUAAUCUCUUAACCCUUUGAUGCACAACAUGGGUCUAAAGUGACCCGACUGAGGUUUUAAUUUUCUAUAUUUUUGCAAUAAAUUAAUUUCAUCAUUCAGUAUUCCAGGUUUUCCUCAAUCAACUUGUUUUUGAUCAUCCUACAUCCUAAUUUUUUGUUUUUCAUUUCUUACUUUUUGAAUAAAAACCCUUUUUGUAUCACUACGCUUCUA